AUGAACACCUACAUAACUUUGGCUUGCCUGUUGGCGGUGGCUGGUGUUAGCCACGGUAGUGCCAUCGGCCUCGGAGGCCUCGGCGGCCUCGGAUAUGGCCUUGGCGGAUACGGCCUUGGUGCUUAUGGCGUGGGUGCUCCCCUAGUGUCAUCGGUGGUCAGCGCCCCCAUCCUGGCCCCGGCAGCCAUCUCCUCCGCCAACCUGGUGAAAGCCGCCCCCAUCCCCGUCAUUCGCACUGUCGCCGCCCCCAUCAUCACCGCCCCCGUUAUCAAGACUGUCGCCCCUGUCGGCCUUGGAUGGGGUGGUGUUGGACUCGGAGGCUGGAACGGCGUAGGUCUCGGAGGCUGGUCCGGCUUGGGCGUCGGCAAGGGUCUCGGUUGGGGCAACUCCUGGGGCUACGGAAGCUACGGUCUCGGCGGCUGGGGCAAACACUAA